UCUAAGUCCUUAAGGAAGUUGCCAUGAAGAUACCAUUAACUGAUAGGUAUGGUGUGAGAAUGCGGCAUGGCAUGGAGUUGUCCUUUUUAAGGAGAGUCGAUGAUGUCCAAUGCUCAAGCUACAUGCAGUAGAUCAGGCAAUACAUACACACGUGCAUAGACUCAUUUCUUCCAUGGCCUCCUCUUCAUUCUCUUCUUCAAAAACCUCUCCAUGGCCUUACGAUGUGUUCUUGAGCUUUAGAGGAGAAGAUACCCGUGAUACUUUUACUGCCCAUCUCUACCAUCAUUUGACUCAAAAGGGAAUCAUCACCUACUUAGAUGAGGAUGGGCUUAGACGAGGUGAUGAAAUUUCACCUGCACUUCUCCAAGCUAUAGAAGAUUCAAGGAUUUCCAUCAUUGUAGUCUCAAAAAAUUAUGCAUCGUCAACAUGGUGUUUGGAUGAGUUAUUGCAGAUUUUUGAGUGCAAAAAAUCAAAGCAACAAAUAGUUUUACCUGUGUUCUAUCACGUAGAUCCCUCAGAUAUUCGACAUCAAAGAGGAAGUUUUGGAGAAGCAUUGGCUAAACAUGCUGACAAAUUGAAUGUAGAUCACAUGAAGUUGCAGCUAUGGGAGGCAGCCCUUCAAAAAGUUUCUAAUUUGUCCGGAUACCAUCUGGAAAAAAAUGGCCGGAAUGAAUCAAAAUUCAUUGAAAAAAUCGUUCAAGACGUUUCAAGAAUGGCAAACAAUCAUUUAUAUUUACAUGUUGCCGAGCAUCCCGUUGGAUUAGAACCUCAUGUAGAACAUGUCAAUUUGCUUUUAAACGUUGAAACGAAAGACAUACGAAUGAUAGGAAUUUUUGGAGUUGGGGGAAUUGGUAAGACAACUCUAGCCAAAGCAAUUUAUAACUUGAUUGCUUUUCGAUUCGAAGCUAGUUAUUUUCUUCCAAUUGAUAGCGACACUAGCAAUCAAGUGAAUCGUUUGGUCCAACUGCAAGAGGCACUUCUUUUUAAGAUUUUUGGACACUGUAGAAGUUUGGAGGUUGACAAUAUUUAUACAGGAAUCAAUAUGAUAAAGCGUAGGCUUCCUUCUAAAAGAGUUCUUCUAAUUCUUGAUGGUGUACACCACUUGGAUCAAUUAAAAAAAUUAGCAGGAGCUCGUGAUUGGUUUGGUGAAGGAAGUAGAAUCAUCAUCACAACAAGAGAUAAAAACCUGUUGACUACUCAUGGCGUUGAUCCAACAUAUGAGAUGACGGGAAUGAAUCAAGAUGAUGCUUGUCAACUAUUUUGUAGGCAUGCUUUCCAAAGAGAGAAACCGGUUGACGGUUAUGGAGAGUUUGUAAAACAGAUUGUAAAUUAUGCUCAAAGGCUUCCACUAGCUUUAAUAGUGCUUGGUUCGGAUUUAAAUGGUAGAAGUGAAAAAAGUGAGUGGGAAAGUGCAUUGGAUCAGUACAGGAAAAUCCCUCACGAAGAUAUUCAAAAAAUACUUCAAACAAGUUAUGAUAGAUUAAGUGAAAAUGAACAGAAUGUUUUUCUUGACAUUGCAUGUUUUUUUUUCAAUGGACAAGGGCUUGAUGAUGUCAUUAAGAUACUAGAUAGUUUUGAUUUUUACCCAAACUCUUGCAUCCCAAGACUUAAGGAGAAGUGCCUUAUUUCGGAGGAUUUCUACGGAAGAUUGCAAAUGCACGACUUGUUACGAGAUAUGGGUAGAGAAGUUGUUCGAAAAGAAUCUCCCAAAAAUCCUGGAGCACGUAGCAGAUUAUUCUUUCAUAAAGAUGUUCGCGAUGUACUGGAGGAAGAUAUAGGAACAUGUAGAGUUGAAGCAAUUGUUCUAGAUUUUCCUAAAGGUGAUGAUAUUAUCUACUUGGAUCCCAAGGCCUUCAAGAAUUUGAAAAGACUCCGAUUAUUUAUAUGCCGCAAUGCACAGUUUUCUGAAGAACUUAAUUCUCUACCUGAUGGAAUAAUAGUGCUUGAUUGGAGUAACUGUCCUUUACAAUCUAUGCCAUCUAAAUUUCGUGGGGACAAACUCUCUAUUCUACGCAUGCCCGAUAGUCGCAUCCAAGAGAUACACUUUGAAUAUUUUAAGAAUCUCACGGUUAUGGAAUUCUGGUGUUGUAAAUUCAUAACAAAACUCUCGGAUAUUUCAAGCUGCCCAAAUCUGAAGGAAAUAAAUAUUGCUUUUUGUAAAAAUCUAGUUGAAGUUCAUGAUUCUGUUGGAUUCCUUGAUAACCUUGUUGAGUUGAGAAUUCGUGAAUGUGACAAACUAAAGAGCUUUCCAAGGAGACUCCAAUUGAGAUCUCUGGAACUCCUUGAUCUUAGUUAUUGCUCAAGCUUUCAAAACUUUCCUGAAAUCGAAUGUGAAAUGAAACAUUUACAGAGUCUUCAAUUAGACCGCACCGCAAUAGAAGAAUUGCCUUCAUCCAUUGGGUACCUCACUGGGAUUCUAAAUUUAGGCCUGAGUGGCUGCGUAAACCUUAAGCGUAUACCAAGAAGCAUUUAUCAGUUGAGAUUAUACUGUGCUAUUGAGCUCAGCUUUUGUCCAAAUCUUAUAAAUUUUGGGAUGGCGGAGGAGGAGGUGCAUAAUGGACAACCCACGCCCUAUGUAGUGUCUACAAGCGGGGAAAAUGAAGCUUUAUUUGGUGCAAGAUUCACAUUGAAACUUAAAUACUGUAGCCUAUCAAAAUCGAAUAUCUUUGGGUCAUUUCAUUUAUUGCUCAAUGUGCGCCAUUUAGUUCUAUCAGGCAGUGAUAUCGUAAGCAUUCCUUCAAGCAUCAAAGGAUUUGUUAGAUUGUGGGGUCUUACAUUGAAUGAUUGCAAGCAACUUCAAGAAAUUAAAGAGUUUCCACCGAGUCUAAGAGAAUUAUAUGCUAGUGGAUGCAUAUCACUGGAAAGUUUACCAGAAAUAUCAAAAGAAUUGGAUUUCCCACAGCUAGAUCAGAUUGACUUGGCCAGAUGCUAUAAAGUGAAUAGAGGAAAUUGGAUGUCAAAUCCUGAAUGGAAUCGAGUUAAGAUGUUAUUUCCGGGAAAGAAGAUUCCAGAUUGGUUCAGCCAUUGCAAGGAGAUCACUUCAAAUAGUCAUCGUUGUGAAUUUGAUAUUGAAGUGGCCCCACCGUAUAAUUUGGAUGACAUCGAACGAAUUACUUUUUGUGCUGUUUUUGAACCCGUUGCAACUUUUGCAUUGUGCGUUUACAUCUUCAGAAUCAUGAGAGGAGAUACCAACGUCAGUCAUUUUUAUGAUCCACGUUCAACAUUUGAUGAAAUUGAUUCAGAUCAUGUAUGGUUAAAGAACUUAACUACAAGAGAAAUUACGGGCCUACGAGCUGUGAGUGUAGACAAUCUGAGGAUUAUAUUUGAAAACAAAUAUCCAAAUUUGCUGAUUUUAAAAAGUUGCGGAGUUCAUCUGUUAUACAAACAGCAUGAACAGAAUGCCAAAGAUCAUGCAGGUCAUGUGCCCCAUCAUGAAAAUAUUCAUGUUCAUUUGAAUGCACCCAUUGAAGAUAUGGGAAAUUUAGCAAAUCCAAUGGGUGGAAGUCAGCUUUCUAAGAGGCGUCGUGUUGAUUAUGAUGACUACGAAGAUGAUCACAACAUUGAAUCCAACUUGUACACACAACAAAGGAAGCAUGCUUCAACCUUAGAAAUCAAAAUUUUUAUGAAAGCUCAUGUAUUAUUGUAUCGUAGUGAUGAGGAGGAUGGUAGUGAUGAUGAGGAGGAUGGUAGUGAUGAUGAGGAGGAUGGUAGUGAUGAGGAGGAGUAUGGUAGUGAUGAGGAGGAUGGUAGUGAUGAGGAGGAGUAUGGUAGUGAUGAGGAGAUGUAUGAUUGACUUCAAAUUUGUAGUUUCAAGUGUAUGGAGGAGCAGUUAUGUAAAGUAGUUGGUUUUAUUUUGUAUU